CACAUUGUGCACUGGCUCUACCGACCAUGGAAGUUUUCACCUUCCUCAAAUACUGGCGAGGUGGUGGAGGAGCAGAAGGACGACUACCACCACCUCCACCUCCUCCUGCUGCCCCUGAAACCACCGACGAGGAGGAGGGGCCUUUCAUAGACCUGGAGUUUACGCUACCCAACGAGUCUCAAGAUCAUUCUCACCAUUCUCCACAAGUCCACUCAUCAGACUCUGAUGAUGAUGGCCACAUCAGCUUCACGCUCUCCCCUUCAACUAAUAACCACCACAACAUGGAGCUCCACUUGGACCCUUCUUCUUCCUUUCUUAACUCCAACUCCGAUUCCGACUCCAAUCCCAACCCCCCUCUUCCUCCUCCUCCCUUCACUGCUUCCUUCCUCAAAUCCGCCACCAAGUUCCGCGUCUUCAUGUUGGGCCUCAAGAAGCCCAAGCCCAAUCCCACACAACAGGGCAAGCUCUGUACGGUCAAGUUCAAGGUUGAAGAAGUCCCCAUCCUGUCCUUUUUCACCAGAGACAACACCUCUAAACCAAGAGCUUCUUCCAACAACAAACACGAAUCACACUCAUUAUCUUCUUCUCCUCCUCCUUCGUCUUCUUCUUCUUCUUCUUCUUCUUCGGAAGAGAAGCGUUUAAUGCACAAGUAUUUGAGAAUGGUGAAGCCUCUCUACAUUAAGGUCUCCAGGAGUAGGUGCGCUGAUGACAAGCUCAACGUGAAUGCCUCGCCGCCGCCGCAGAACCAAGGGGAAGACGGUGGCUCCGAUGAAGCCGAGGGAAGCAAGCUUUUGGGGAAGAGCCGGUCCGCCUCUGCUGCGGUGUUGGUGUCGUCAAGGCGGCGUGAUGAUUCGCUGCUGCAGCAACACGAUGGGAUACAGAGCGCCAUUUUGCACUGCAAGAGGUCCUUCAAUGCCUCCAGAGAAUGCGAGUCUUCUCAGCUACCACGUUCUGUGAGCAAUCCAUUGCAUGACACUUGAGACAUGAUGCACAAUUCUCAAGGACGUGAUGAUAAUUGAUAAUCAGUUUCAGUUAUGUUUUCUAAUGCGACGUCUGCAUUAUGUAAAAAGUCAUAGUUUAUUUGAUUUAAGUUUAGAAGGGGAAAAUUUGGAAGAUAGAUAAGUCUGCAGUGCCAGUGGAGUCCUAGUGGUGGCAUGUGACAAUGGCUAUGUAAAGAUCAAUGCAAGCUCAUUCCGCACCAUUUAGCUCUUUGCCUCUUUAAUUUUCUCAUUGUACCCUUUGUAUCUUAUGUAGUACUAUAAUGUAAAGGCUCUUCUUUCUUGCUAAAAGGUGAAACAAG